CCACCGCUUUGAAGAAACCCAACCAUUAAUUCCCGAGCACGCAUGCAGCAGCAAUAUCACUACAAUGUUGUUGUGCAUAGUUUCCUUCUUGGCUGUUGCCAACGUUGUUGAAUCACAGUGGGCUAUCAACAGCCUCCCGGGAUUUUCAGGCAAUCUUCCUUUCAAACUUGAAACUGGGUACGUAGGCGUAGGCGAGUUGGAUGAUGUGCAGCUAUUCUACUAUUUCAUUGAGUCUGAGAGGAGUCCAGAAGACGAUGCUCUUGUGCUUUGGCUCACCGGUGGCCCUGGUUGUUCAGCUUUUUCCGCCCUCGUAUUUGAACUUGGUCCAUUAUCAUUUGACUAUGAAAAUUCCGAAACGAACUCGCCAAAAUUGAAGUUGAAUCCAUACUCGUGGACAAAGGUUGCUAAUAUAAUAUUUGUGGAUGAACCUGUUGGCGCGGGAUUCUCUUAUGCAAAAACUUCCGAAGGAUAUAAUAUUAGUGAUACACUCGCAGUAGCAGAACUCUAUGAUUUCCUACGGAAGUGGCUUAAGGCUCACCCGAGAUUCCUCAAGAAUCCAUUGUACAUCAUGGGAGAUUCUUAUUCGGGCAUAAUUACCCCAAUCCUUGUUCAAGAAAUAUCCGAUGGUAAUGAAGUCGGUCGCGAGCCGCCAUUGAAUCUCAUGGGUUAUGCGCUUGGAAACCCAUUGACAGAUAGACAUGAUGACUUGAAUGCAAGAAUCCCAUUUGCUCACCUAAAGUGCCUUAUAUCCGACCAACUUUAUGAGUCAACUAAAAUGAAUUGCAAGGGCGAAUAUAUAAAUGUAGAUCCAAGCAACGCACCAUGUGUGGACGAUCUUAAAGCGGUUACAAAGUGUACUGAGAAAAUAUAUAUUCCGCAAAUAUUGGAACCAAUAUGCCAGUUGUUAUCCCCAAAACCAGAGGGAUCAAAGUGGGAUCCAGAGGCUCUUAAUGAGGAUUCUACAGGCCUCCUCCAAUCAAUCUCUCAUCUUCAUGAACCUAGAAGAUGGUGUCGGGAAUAUAACUAUUUGUACUCCUACAUUUGGGCGAAUGAUAAAACUGUUCAAAAAGCUCUUCACAUUCGCGAGGGGAGCGUCAGCGAGUGGGUGAGAUGCAAUGAGAGCUUAGUCUACACAUAUGAUGUCUCAGGUAGUCUAAAUUAUCACCGCAACCUUAUCAAGAAAGGCUACCAAGUUCUUAUUUACAGUGGAGAUCAUGACAUGACUUUUCCCUACAUCGCUACUCAUGGAUGGAUAGAGUCGUUAAAUCUGACAAUAUCGAGCGAUUGGAGGCCAUGGUUUGUGGAUGGACAAGUUGCAGGGUACACGAUGAAGUAUAAACGGAAAAAGUACUACUUGACAUUUGCAACUGUAAAGGGAGGGGGCCACACAGCUCCACAGUUCAAGCCCAGUGAAUGUCUUGCCAUGAUUGAUAGGUGGUUAUCUUACUACCCUCUGUAGUUAAUUCUGGAUUCUACCAAUUUAUUUUAUCUAUGUAAGCCUGAUUUCUAUGGAAAUUUUUAAAUAAUUUUAUGUGUGUAGUAAACACAAAUAUGAAUC